CACUUUUCUUUCCAUUUCUUUAUCCGUUCAUCUCUAACUCUUCCUCUCGUUACCUGUCAUUCUACACUUUAAUACACCCUUACUUUCGCUUUCUUAGGACUUCACACUUCAGUGUUUUUGUCUUCUUCUUUUUCUUCUUCUUUGUUGGUUCACAAAGAAAACAACCCAAAAUGGUGAUCACCUCCGCUGUCACAGAUCCUGAAGAACAAACACAAAGCUUGCACUCUACUUUUGCUUCCAGAUAUGUUCGUGACCCUAUUCCCAGGUUCAAGAUGCCAGAGAAGUGUAUACCAAAGGAUGCAGCAUAUCAGAUCAUAAACGAUGAGUUGAUGUUGGAUGGAACACCAAGGCUUAACUUGGCAUCUUUUGUGACCACUUGGAUGGAGCCUGAGUGUGAUAAGCUCAUCAUGGCUUCGCUUAACAAGAACUAUGUUGACAUGGAUGAGUAUCCUGUCACCACUGAGCUCCAGAAUAGGUGCGUUAAUAUGAUAGCGCACCUAUACCAUGCUCCUAUCGGUGAUGAUGAGGCUGCAGUCGGUGUCGGAACUGUCGGAUCAUCAGAGGCAAUAAUGUUGGCAGGUCUAGCUUUUAAAAGGAAAUGGCAGGCAAAGAGAAAAGCAGAAGGCAAACCUUAUGAUAAGCCUAACAUAGUUACCGGCGCUAAUGUGCAGGUUUGUUGGGAGAAGUUUGCACGGUAUUUCGAGGUUGAGCUUAAGGAAGUGAAACUCACAGAAGGAUACUAUGUGAUGGACCCUGUGAAAGCAGUUGAAAUGGUUGAUGAGAACACCAUCUGUGUGGCGGCGAUUUUGGGGUCGACUCUGACCGGUGAGUUUGAGGAUGUGAAACUUCUUAAUGAGCUUCUUACUAAAAAGAAUAAGGAGACAGGAUGGAAUACCCCGAUUCAUGUUGAUGCUGCCAGCGGAGGGUUCAUUGCCCCAUUUCUCUACCCUGAUCUUGAGUGGGAUUUUCGCUUACCAUUAGUGAAGAGCAUCAAUGUUAGUGGUCAUAAGUAUGGUCUUGUCUAUCCCGGUGUCGGUUGGGUUGUUUGGAGGAGUAAAGAUGACUUGCCAGAGGAACUUGUUUUUCACAUAAACUAUCUCGGAUCGGAUCAGCCAACAUUUACCCUCAAUUUCUCCAAAGGCUCUAGUCAAAUUAUUGCUCAAUAUUACCAAUUUAUACGGCUUGGCACAGAGGGCUACAAAAAUAUCAUGGAGAACUGCAGGGAGAAUGCAAGAAUUCUGAGGGAGGGAAUCGAGGAAACGGGCCGGUUCAACAUCGUCUCCAAGGACGUUGGCGUGCCGCUUGUCGCCUUUUCUUUGAAAGACAGCAGCCAACACACAGUGUUUGAGGUGUCAGACCAUCUGAGAAAAUUUGGCUGGAUAGUUCCGGCCUACACAAUGCCGCCAGACGCGCAGCACGUUGCGGUCCUCCGGGUGGUGAUCAGGGAGGAUUUCAGCCGGGGAUUGGCGGAGAGACUCGUGUCCGACAUAGUGAAAGUUGUGGAUCUCUUGGACACACUUCCAAGCCCUCUAUCAACAAAAAAGGCACAUGUGGUAGCUGUUGCUAAUAACGAGACAAGUGAGAAGGCUAAGAAGAGUGCAUUAGAGACUCAGAAAGAGAUUGCCUUGUAUUGGAAGAGGCUUGUAGAUGGCAAAAGAGUUGGAGCAUGUUAGGCAUCUCAUGAAAUCUUUGAUUUUUGGGGUGCCUUUGUGUGAUGAGUUGUUUUUGUAUAUUUGCUUUCACCAGAACAUUAUGUAUGUGUGUGCAUGUUGCUACGAGGUUGACAGGUUGUGCCCUUCGGUAUGUAUAUAUGGGUAGUGCUAUAAAGCAAUAAGCAAUGCCAGUGCAUGAUGGAUCCUAAUAACUAUUGUUUUCCCCAUAAUGAAUUGAUGUAGAACAUUUGCUUAUUAAUUAGUUGUGAAGCUUUCGUGGCUGAGGCUUGUGUAUUA